CGCAUUCCAGGCAGAAACAAGUAUUUAUGCUGUAAUCUAAACCGCAUGGAUAGGUGCAGUCGGCACGUUUUAACCACACUGUUUGCUUGAUGUCUUAUAACAAGUCAAUCCUGUCGCGGUAGUAAUCUGCCAUGCACAUUUUAGCGUCAAAGUAACUCGCACGAUCUGUAGUCAAGAGUUUAUAUAUAAACCUUCAGUGCAUGUGAAUCCACGUUGAUGUGAUUACGAGUGCGACCGGUACCAAGUGUUAGCUCCUAGGACACUCAUUCUUCAAUCUAAGGGUUAAGCUAUGCUUCGUCUGGUGAGGAUCCAGGGCAGAGGGUUUAGGGGCUGUAUGUGCUUUCAAAGGAGGUAUAACCAUCAUCAGCAACCUCACAAGUACAUUGUAGCCAUCCGACGAGAGGAUGUGAAUGUGUGGGAGAGGCGUGCACCCCUUGCACCUCGUCAUGUGAAGGAGAUAACAGCAGCUGGGCACAAAGUGCUGGUGCAACCCUCCAACAGACGAGCCAUCCAUGAUAGAUACUAUGAAAAAGCAGGUGCUGUUAUCCAGGAGGAUAUCUCUGAGGCGUCACUCAUCAUUGGUGUGAAAAGGCCCCCAGAGGAGAAGAUCUACCCCCACAAGACAUAUGCCUUCUUCUCACACACAAUUAAAGCACAAGAGGCAAACAUGGGGCUUCUUGAUGACCUUCUUAAAAAGGAAGUACGUCUCAUUGAUUAUGAGAAAAUGGUGGAUGCCAAUGGUUUCAGAAUUGUGGCCUUUGGACAGUGGGCUGGUGUUGCCGGAAUGAUUAACAUUUUACAUGGUCUGGGCCUUCGUUUCCUUGCUCUUGGACACCACACACCAUUUAUGCACAUUGGCAUGGCACACAACUACAGAAAUGUCAGCCAGGCCAUUCAGGCAGUAAGGGAUUGUGGGUAUGAAUUAUCCUUAGGUCUGAUGCCCAAGUCCAUAGGUCCUCUUACGUUUGUGUUCACUGGCACUGGUAAUGUGUCUAAGGGUGCCCAAGAAAUUUUCAAUGAGCUCCCCUGUGAAUAUGUGGAACCACAUGAACUGAAAGAAGUUUCGGAGAGUGGAGACAUGACCAAAGUGUACGCUACAGUGAUCAGCAGACAUCACCACCUGAUAAGAAAGAGUGAUGGACUGUAUGACCCCCUGGAGUAUGAGAACCAUCCUGAGCUUUACACAUCACACUUCAGAAAGACUGUGGCCCCUUACACAACCUGUCUGAUAAAUGGCAUAUAUUGGGACCCUCACACACCCAGACUGCUCAGGCGACUGGACGCCCAGCGUCUGAUUAGACCUGUUAUACCUGCGUCAUCAUCACCUGAUCUUGGCUGCCCUGCUCUUCCCCACAAGCUUUUGGCUAUUUGCGACAUCUCUGCUGACACCAGUGGCUCCAUUGAGUUCAUGACAGAGUGCACCACUAUUGAGAAACCUUUCUGUAUGUAUGAUGCAAACCAGCAUAUCGAUAAUGACAGUGUGGAAGGAAAUGGCAUUCUAAUGUGCUCUAUUGAUAACCUACCUGCCCAGCUCCCCAUUGAAGCCACUGAGUAUUUUGGGGACAGACUGUUCCCUUAUAUCUGGGAGAUGCUGCCGUCAGACGCCAACAGAUUGCUAGAAGAAGAGGAAUUCUCGCCGCAAGUCAGAGAAGCUGUAAUUACUUCCAACGGGAAGUUGACACCUAAGUUUGAAUACAUUCAGAAACUCAGAGAAAGGAGGGAGUCAGAGCAGAUCCUAAAGAAAAGCGGAAUGAAGCGGGUGCUUUUGCUGGGCUCAGGCUAUGUGUCUGGGCCAGUUAUCGAGUAUCUCACGAGGGACACCGGCAUUCAAGUCACAGUGGCAUCAAAUCUUUUGCAUCAGGCUGAGGAAAUGGCAGUCAAGUACCCCAACACCAUCGCAGUUAUGGUGGACAUCACCAGCCAAGAGGGUCAUUUUGAUGCUCUGAUCAAAGACCACGACAUCGUCAUCAGCAUGUUGCCAUAUGCAUUUCAUCCACAAGUAGCCAAACACUGUAUCAAAAUGAAGGUCAACAUGGUGACGGCCAGUUACUUGAGUCCCGCCAUGAAGGAACUUCAGAAGAGUGCCGAGGAGGCUGGCAUCAUCAUCGUCAAUGAGAUGGGUCUGGACCCUGGCAUUGAUCACAUGUUGGCCAUGGAGUGCAUCGACCAGGCCAAGGCAGACGGUUGCACUGUGGAGUCUUACAGCUCUUUUUGUGGAGGUCUUCCAGCUCCAGAGUUCUCAGACAAUCCACUGCGUUACAAGUUUAGUUGGAGUCCAUAUGGUGUCCUGCUCAACACCAUCAGCCCGACCAUAUAUCUAAAGGACAACCAGAUUGUUAGUGUUCCACCUGGAGGUGCUCUCUUGGACGUCACAAAGCCUAUGGACUUCCUGCCUGGAUUCAACCUGGAGGGCUUCCCCAACCGAGACAGCACCAAGUACGCCGAGCCGUAUGGCAUUGAGUCAGCACACACACUGAUCAGAGGAACUCUACGCUUCAAGGGCUUCUCCUCUGCAAUGAAUGGCUUUGUAAAACUGGGAUUGAUCAACACCAAGCCGUGUCCUAUAUUGGAUCAUACAGCUUCUCCUGUUUCAUGGAAAGAGCUGCUGUGUAAGCAGAUUGGAUUGCCCACAACUGUGAGCUGCAGUGCUUUUGAGGAUGCCAUUUAUGAGCGGAUAGGCAAGGAUGACUUCAGAAUGCAAAGUCUUAGAUGCCUCGGGAUGCUCAGCGAGGAGCCGGUACCCCAUGCUGACAACAUUCUAGCAGCGGUUGCCAAGCACCUGGAGGCAAAACUGUCCUUUGCUAAAGGUGAGCGAGAUAUGAUUAUUAUGAGGAACGAUGUCGGGAUCAGACACCCUACAGGCGAGCUGGAGACCAAACACAUCAGCCUGGUGGUCUAUGGGGAUCCAAAUGGAUAUUCAGCAAUGGCCAAAACUGUAGGCUACCCAGCAGCAAUUGCAGCCCAUAUGGUACUCAACGGUGAACUUACCACUAAAGGACUUGUGGUUCCAAUGACGAAGAACAUUUACAGUCCAGUACUGAAGAGACUGCAGGAAGAGGGUCUUCAGUACAUCACCAAGAGCACUGUAUCAGAAUAACCCAGCAUCUGGUUUCAAGCAUGGAUCACACAAAGAUCUCAAAAAGCUGAUACAAAGAAAACUUGCUAAUAUUUGUGCCACAGUAUAACUAUUAUGUUCUCUGAAUUUGUAUUGAACAGUUUUGAACAAUUCUUCUUUCUGGAGGCAUGACAGUUAAGGAUGGUGGAAUUAAGUAAUCUAAUGGAUAAUGUUUUUUUUUUUUUUUCAAACUUGAAACUGAAAGUAGACUUGGAUACACUGAGAAGAUGGGAGAUUUGUAGACAAUUGUAUUGAAUGACAAUGAUCAUUCAUUUUAUCAACGUCAUCAUAAGCGGGAGUUUUAUACUCAGUUGCAGCAGUGUAAAUACGUUCUACAAAGCAAUUUGACAGGGUGGCUUUAGAGUUUUGAAAAUCAAAUUCAAGACUUUAAGACAUUUUUCAAGACCAGAACAAAUAAAAUGAACCGUAUUCCCAAAACAAUCCCAAACAAUCUCAAAAUAAAUAAUCUACCACAGACUCUGACAUAAACAGGCGGAGGCACACAUUGAACAUGGCCUUAAAUUGACAUACAAUUCAAACAAAGUAGGCUAUAUGCAAGCUUGAAAUACUCAACAUGUUUCCACAUAUAUAUCACAUUAAAAUUCAAGGGAUUUCCCGAUAUGCAUUUUUUGAGAAUGAAUAAGAGAACGGAUACUUAAUUUUUGGUACUUGCCAAUGCCGAGUCUGAUACCUGUUUUUAUUUAUAUAUAUAUAUUAUACACAUACAGAACCCACAGCACAAUAAAACAUUUAUUUUUAAAAUACAAUUAUGAAAUAAAGUGCUGCAUAACAGGGCAUUACAGAUGUUAGAUAUUGCUUAAGUAUAAUACAUUUACUGCAGAUUUAUUAGUAGUAUUACAGUGAAUUCUACAUACAUUUACAGUAGUGAUAUUUUCUGUCAUACUUUUUUCCUAUGACAGAGCUUUGAUUUUGAAGUGUUGCUUUGUUGUUUUGACCAAGGAGCACUGACGUGGUAGCUACACUCUGGAAAGCCGGUCGCUACGUGACUCAAAGUGAUUAUUAUACCGCAAAAGGCUGCUAUUGCAUUAAAUAAGAAUGUACUUUGCAUGUGCCUCAAUGUGAAUUCUCUACAUCUGCUACAAACAGAGUGCACAAUGCUCAUGACAGUGUUUUCCCUGUAUGAGCUGAGGAGCUUUAAAAAGGAAUGAGCAGCCGGCGUGGACACAACACCGUCUCCACACAUUCACAAUUGCUCACAUUAGAAUUACAUGCAAACUAUAUAUUUAUCUCAUUAAAUCACAGCUUUUGCGAUUAAUCUCACUAGGAAAUAACUUGAUUUUAAUUUGUGGGCUGAAUGUUUACGUUAUGACAUUUGUAUGAGAGAUGGUAUCGGUUUAUGGUAUUUGAGCAUUUUUAUGAGUACCAGUACAUGAGCACGUAUCAGACCCCAUAUCCCUAUAACAUUGGUUUAUUUACCAUUAUAUAAAUAAAUACAAAUUAGUUGUCGACCAAUAUUGAAUUUUGCUGAUAGGCAAUUAAUCUGCAUAUUGUUUAUAAAUUUGGUAGCCUAUAUGAAAUGUUCUUAGUCUUUCCUUCCUGUGAUGGGAAGGGCCAGACAGUGGCUACAAGAGUCCAGAUUGAAUUCGAUUCCAGCUGCAGUUUAUGGUGCAAGCAAAAAAAAGAUUUGAUUCAUGACGCAGAACUUUCAACUUUAAAGGCUGAAAAACAAUGGGGACUCUUAUUUUGGAAUGUAUGUGCUUCACAUUUCCCAGCUGCUCAUUCAAAAAGAAAAGGGAAAUAAAAUGUGCUCUCCCACAAUAAUCUACAACAUAAUACAAUAUAAACAAUUAAAAAUAAACAUUGUCGUAUUUCAUUAACACUACAGUAUAACAUCAUCUUCAACAGUUGAUCAUUAGUGAUCACUUGUCAUAAAUCCUAACAGCAGGAAACACUCACAAGCUCCUGCGUUUUGGAGAAAAUACACAGUGCCACAUUUUCACUUUGAAGGACGCAGGGCAUGAAUUUAUUUAAUUAAAUUGUAUUCUUUUGAAGUUUGAUAAUCACGUUAGGUCAUAUCACAAUUCCUAUCUUUCCACCCCCAAAUUUAAGACCUCUAAAUGAUUAUUAAGACUUUUGUUGUAUCAUUUAAGAUAUUUAACCAUCCAUUGUUGCUGCAAUUUUAUCGCCCUUAUCAUACUGAAGGGGUUCAAACCCCAGAAUCCGUCUGAAUUAGAGUUCUAAAUAAGUAAUAGUAUUGUUAGAUCAGUUGCAUUUUAACAGUUUGUUUUUAAAUGAGCUAAAUAUGUUGCUGAAUAUCACACUGAUGUUCUAAAAGGGUGAAAGUAUCUUGAAACGCUUGUGUUAAAUACUACUGGUUAAAAUCCUUUUUUUAGGUUGGAAGUUUAUCAUUAGGCACCAUCUCUACUAAUGAAUAUAUUUUUCUUGUGAAACUUGCCAUUGUACUGGAUUCAUUGUAAAUCAGUUGUCUUGGUCUUUUCUCGUUUAGACACAUACAAACCUCCACUGCGAUGUGAGGCAAAGCUCCUUUUUUUGGACACCUUUCAUCACAUUUUUACAAAAAGUAUAUCCAGAGAGGAUUAUUUUUAAAAGUAAUAGUUGUCCAAACAUUUGCAUUUUCUUGACGUUAUGGUUUCAUAUGUCAUGUUUUUCUUCAAUAAAGAU